AUGGCGAACACUGGUGGCCCUAGACAGCGCAGCAGGCGGCUAAUCUGCAACGUGGUCCAGUCGAUGCUCCUCUACGCGUCAUCGAUCUGGGGACCAGCAAUUAGGAUUCCUUCCUACAGCCGCAAAUGCAGGGCAUCGUACAGACGAUGCGCACUCCGGGUUCUCUGCGCCUUCCGGACCGUCUUAGACGACGCAGCUGUUGUGCUGGCCGGAAUUCCCCCGCUGAAACUACUUGCAACAGAAGACCGCAUCGCAGCACGCAAUCGGGAGGCAACACUAGAAGAAUGGCAAGCACGAUGGGCGUCUUCUCCCAAUGGCAGCUGGACCAAACGCAUAGUCCCGGACCUACGGCCGUGGGUUUAG